AUGAGAGGCGAUGUGAAUGAGGGAACCGGCGGCGGGGGCGGGGGCGGGGGCAGGGCCGACAGGAUCGACGUCGAAGUGUCACGCAUCCUGCUCUCCAGGCGCAACGGGAGGGCCGGUGAGGGAAGCGGGGCCAGCUCUCUCACCGAACUGGACGACCUAAUGUCCACCUGGUCGACGUCAGCCCCAGCGGUAUUUCCCUCGUUGGUGAGCCCUGCGCCAGAAGGGGACGCAACGGCGGAGCUCCUGGAGGCCAUGAGCGGAGCCUUGGAGGAGGGUGGGGGAAACCCCUGCGGGAUCUCGGCGGAGAUGCUCCACCUAUGCUCGGGGACGAUCCUCCACUGUAAACCAGCGAGUUCCUCGACUGCCUGCCCCGCCGCAGCCACCAGCAGCAGCUGCGAAAAGGCGAGCACUGUAGCUUUUCCCGACGGGGAUCAGACACUGCUGGACUGGAAAUCCUUGCUAGCGUGA